AUGUUGCAGGAACAUAUAAGGGCCUUUAGUGCACCAGGAAAAGCUCUUUUAGCUGGUGGUUACCUUGUUUUAAAACCUGAGUACCGUUCCUAUGUCGUUGCACUAUCAGCUAGAAUGCAUGCGCUUGUUAGUCAAGAAGCUGCAAUUGAAAAAUCAACUACAUCCAUCAAAGUUACAGUUCGUAGCAUUCAAUUUAAUGGCGAUGAGUGGCAAUAUGAGAUUGAUUCAAAUUCGUUUUAUACUCCAAAAGAAAUGAAUGGUCGCAAGAAUCCUUUCAUUGAAAGAACUCUUCUAACUAUCUUCAACUAUUUCCAGCCAGAUCUGUCAGAAAAUGGUGACAUCCUUAUUGAAAUAUAUUCAGAUCCAGGCUAUCACUCUCAGGCCGACACGGAAUUAAAAACAAAUGAAAUCAAAAGCUUCCUUUUCCAUAAAAAAACAAUUACUGAAAUUCCAAAGACAGGUCUUGGUUCGUCAGCGGGACUUGUUACUGUUCUUAUCACUGCAUUAGUUUCUUGCUUUAAACCUUCUAUUGAUGUAUCCUCCUCGGAGUCUAUGGAAUUAAUUCAUAAUUUGGCUCAAGUAGCUCAUUGUCAGGCACAAGGGAAGAUAGGCAGCGGAUUUGACAUUGCUGCUGCGGUUUAUGGAUCUAUAACGUACAGUAGAUUUGAUCCUUCCUUGAUUGAAAACCUGCCUUCAGUUAUUGGAGGUGAUUACCACUCUGCUUUAAAAAAUUUGAUCGACAAUACCAACUGGAAUGUUCAUGCUGAGAGAGUUUCGCUUCCACCCAGACUGAGAUUGAUAAUGGGUGAUGUCAACAAUGGCUCCAAUACUACCAAGUUGGUUGCUUUAGUCAACCAGUGGUAUAAAGAAAAUUACCCAAGAAGCUUAGAUAUCUAUAAUGCAAUAAGUCAAGCCAAUUUAGAAUUUAUCGAAUCUCUACGUCAACUAACAUUAUUAUGUGAUAAAGAAAGAGAAGAGUACGAGUCAUUGAUUGAAACAUUAAAUUCAAAGGGUAAAGUAACACACCCUUUGUUGGAAAAAAUUAUAUCUGCUGUAAGUCGAAUCAGAGAAAACUUCAGAAUUAUUACUAAAGAAUCAGGGGCUGAUAUUGAACCCGAAGUUCAAACACAUCUAUUAGACGCCGCGGUUAAGCUUCCAGGAGUGUUAACAGGAGUAGUCCCUGGUGCUGGUGGCUACGAUGCUAUAUGUUUGAUCACUACGGACAGCUGUCACAUUGCCGAUGAAACCAAGAACGAUCCUACCUUCUCUAAAGUAACCUGGUUGGAUUUAUCCCAACAGGAUAUGGGUAUAAUUGAAGAAAAAGCCAAUAAUUAUUUGAACUUAAGAUAG